AUGACCAGCACAUUCAAGGCUGCCAUCACCGAGCGCUACGUACGGACGCCCACCGACUACAAAAUCGCCACUCUGCCUGUCCCCGCGCCGCCCUCCGACACGCAAGUCGAGAUCGCGGUCCACGCCGUGUCGCUGAACCCCAUCGACUACAAGCGUGCCGAGGGCAUGAUUGCCAUUCCGCUGCCCGAGCCGUUCCCGCUCAGGCUCGGCUACGACGUCUCUGGCACCGUGACCAAGAUCGGCUCGGCCGUCACGCGCUUCAAGGUUGGCCAGCCCGUCUACGGCCGUGUUGAGCAGGCCAGUGUCGGCACUAUCGCCGAGAUCGUCGUGGCUAACGAGUCGUCGCUCAGCCCCAAGCCCGACAACAUUUCGCACAAGGAGGCCGCCAGCAUUCCUCUGGCUGGUCUCACCGCCUUGCAGGUAUUCGAAAAGGCUGGGCUGAAGGAGGGCCAGAGCGUGUUUGUCAGUGCUGGCUGCGGCGGUGUCGGCCAGCUCGCACUGCCGCUGGCCAAGCACCACUUCAAGGCCAAGGAUAUUAUCACCACCGUGUCUACCAAGAAAAUCGACAAGGCCAAGGCUCUGGGCGCUACGCGUGUUGUCGACUAUACCAAGGAGGAUGUUCAUAAGGUGCUAGAGAACACGGCUGACGUCGUAUUCGACACUACCGGCGACUCCUCCUCGUACAUGAUCGCUAAGCCCAAUGCCCAUGCGGUGUCCAUUGCCCUGCUUGCCAGCGGCGACGCCAUCGACGGGUUCCGCGAUGACAGCAUCGCCAUUGCCAAGCGCUUGGUUGGUGCUGUCGGCUGGUUUGUCACCCGUGGAUUCCGCGCCAAGGGCGUUUCGUGCGAGUUCCUGCUUAUGAACCCGGAUGGCCGUGCUCUUGAGACGGUCUUUAAUCCGCUGCUCACCACCGGCAAGAUCAAGCCCAUGAUUGCCAGUGUCUACCCGUUCACUGACGAUGGUGUUAGAAAGGCGUUUGCCGAGCUGCGUGAUGGCCAUGCUACCGGCAAGAUCAUCAUCCAGGUGCGCGACGACUAA